UGGCCGCGGGCGAGCCCCGCCCGCCCCGGCGUGCCGCGCGCCGCCCCUCCGCUCUGCUCGCCGGGAGAAAAUGGCGGCGGCCGGUGUGGGCCCGGGGCGGAAGCAGGUGCGGCAGGAGGAGCUGCGGCGCCUCAUGCGGGAGAAGCAGCGGCAGAACGCGGGAAAGAAGCGGAUCGACUCGCCCUUCGCCAAAUAUCCUCGCCUGGGGCACCUGAGCUGCGCGCUGUGCAACGCGCCCGUGAAGAGCGAGCUGCUGUGGCAGACGCACGUCCUGGGCAAGCAGCACCGUGAGAGAGUUGCAGAAUUAAAAGGCACAAAGCAGACGGCAACUGGUUCAGCUGCAAGCACAUCGUCUCAUCCUGUCAAGAGAAAAUCUGUUGACACAGAAAAUACAGAGUUAAAGAAAGUAAAAGGUACAGACGAAAAGCCACAUACAUCUACAUCUGGGCUACCAGCCGAUUUUUUUGAUGAAACAAAGCAAGAUAGUACAAACGAACAGCUUUCAAAGGGUGCAGGUCCCAGUUUAUUGUCAGGAAGUUAUGACGACGACGACGACGACGACGAUGAUGAAGAGGAGGAAAAAGAUCAAUCAAACAAAUCUUGUACCACACAUAAAACUGAAAUUCCACCUCCAACUCAAGAAGCAGUAGCUAAUUCUCUGCCUGCAGACUUUUUUGACAACAAAGCUACAGCUGCUCCUAUAGUUUCCCAUUCAGGAUCCAUACAGAAAGCAGAGAUACAAGAGAAGAUAGUGGAAAGGAAAGAAAACACUGCUGAAGCUUUGCCAGAAGGUUUCUUCGAUGAUCCUGAAGUGGAUGCAAAAGUGCGAAAAGUUGAUGCUCCAAAGGAUCAGAUGGACAAAGAAUGGGAUGAAUUUCAAAAGGCAAUGCGACAGGUCAACACAAUUUCAGAAGCAAUAGUAGCAGAAGAGGAUGAGGAGGGGCGACUAGAUCGUCAGAUUGGAGAAAUUGACGAACAGAUUGAAUGUUAUCGCCGUGUAGAGCUUUUGCGUAACCGCCAGGAUCUGAUGAAGGAGAAGUUAAAGGAAGCCAUGAGAUUAAAAGCAACUCAAGAGAAAGAGGAUGAGGCUAUUGGUAGCGAAGAUGAAGAGGAAUUGCAGGAUUUGCUGUCUCAAGACUGGCGGGUGAAAGGGGCUUUGUUGUAGCAUUUCUGCAACGUGACUGAUAUUCUCCAUCUGUGGUGUUACUUCCAUUGUUAGAAGUGAGACACUUCUAUUAAAUAUUUAUUUAGAGAGGAUCGUGAGACAGUGAAGAGCCAAGUGUAUUAAAAAAAUCAUCUUUGUAGAUGUACAAUGUUGUAUUACUUGCUGUAAAAACUGUAUAUUGCAAAUGUUUUACAAUAUUGAAUGUACCUUUCCUAUUAAAAUUAUUGGUUUCCUACCA